UCCGGUUUCUCUGGGCGCUCAGGGAGCUGACGGAGAGGGCCGCCGCCCAACAGUAGACGCUGUCUCCGCCGGCCCAGCCGCGGUCUCCGGUGUGUGAGUGAGCCCGGGCCUGGUCCCCUCUCCCUCCGCCGCCAUGGGCUGCACUUUGAGCGCCGAAGACAAGGCGGCGGUGGAGCGAAGCAAGAUGAUCGACCGCAACUUGCGGGAGGACGGGGAGAAAGCGGCCAAAGAAGUGAAGCUGCUGCUACUCGGUGCUGGAGAAUCUGGUAAAAGCACCAUUGUGAAACAGAUGAAAAUCAUUCAUGAGGAUGGCUAUUCAGAGGAAGAAUGUAAGCAAUAUAAAGUAGUUGUCUACAGCAAUACUAUACAGUCCAUCAUUGCAAUCAUAAGAGCCAUGGGACGGCUAAAGAUUGACUUUGGGGAAGCUGCCAGAGCAGAUGAUGCCCGGCAAUUAUUUGUUUUAGCUGGCAGUGCGGAAGAAGGAGUCAUGACUCCAGAAUUAGCAGGAGUGAUUAAACGGUUAUGGCGAGACGGUGGGGUGCAGGCUUGCUUCAGCAGAUCCAGGGAAUAUCAGCUCAAUGAUUCUGCUUCAUAUUACCUAAAUGAUUUGGAUAGAAUAUCCCAAACCAACUACAUUCCAACUCAGCAAGAUGUUUUGCGGACAAGAGUGAAGACCACAGGCAUUGUGGAAACACAUUUCACUUUCAAAGACCUGUACUUCAAGAUGUUUGAUGUAGGUGGCCAAAGAUCAGAACGAAAAAAGUGGAUUCACUGUUUUGAGGGAGUGACAGCAAUUAUCUUCUGCGUGGCCCUCAGUGAUUAUGACCUCGUUCUGGCUGAGGAUGAGGAGAUGAACCGAAUGCAUGAAAGCAUGAAACUGUUUGACAGCAUUUGUAACAACAAAUGGUUUACAGACACUUCGAUCAUUCUGUUCCUCAACAAGAAAGAUCUUUUUGAGGAAAAAAUAAAGAGGAGUCCAUUAACUAUCUGUUAUCCAGAAUACACAGGUUCCAAUACAUAUGAAGAAGCAGCUGCUUACAUUCAGUGCCAGUUUGAAGAUCUGAACAGAAGAAAAGAUACCAAGGAGAUCUACACCCACUUCACCUGUGCCACAGACACCAAGAAUGUGCAGUUUGUUUUUGAUGCUGUUACAGAUGUCAUCAUUAAAAACAACUUAAAGGAAUGUGGACUUUAUUGAAGAGUGUGGAUGUUAAAUAGAAGUUAUUACAGUGUGGAGUGUUGAGACCAGACUUCUUUUGCUGUCUCAUUGGGCAGCUGCAAGCAUGAACGGGACCAGGGAAUGGCAGCGGCAUGCAGAAUCUUAGUACUCUUUAGCACAAUCUUCUGUAUUAGGGAACUCUUAAUUGACAUGAGAUGCUAAAGUCAGACAUUGGAAUUGGAACAACUGUAAAGUAUGAUUUGAUCAUGAAGACAUCACUUGGAUUUCACAAUCUCAAAUGUUUAGGGCAGAUGUCAAGUUGAGGUGCUGCAUUCCAGAACUUCAAUAUGUAGCUUACUCUUUUUUUUUCCUUCUUGACAAACCACCAGUAGUUCAUUUUUUAAGUUGUUUUUUGUUGUUUAUUUUUUUUUAUCAAGGGAAGAAUAACUUCACUAAAUUUUAUUUCUUUGUAAAAGAAUCUUUAUUAAAACACAAACAGUCUUAACUAUGCACAUGAUGUGACCAGAUCAUCUUGAAAAUUUUCCUUUUAGUAGGAACUCUUUGUUUUUAACUCUUGGUAUGGUCAGAAUAUAAUAUUUCCAUAAUUGCUUAAUUCUUUACAAUUAUUGGGGCUCUAAUUAUAGCUUUUUUGGAUGAAAUUUAUGUUACUAUUCCUGUUCAAAGUACCAUUAUGGUUUCUAAAUGGUAAUUACAUUGAAGAAUUCUGUAGUAAGAUUCCAGCUCUUUUUUUAAGCUUAUGGUUGAAGGUUAACCUGGUUUAUGCUGAUUACCAAAUUACUAGAUAAAUGCUGAUGUAGUAUGAUAAAGUCAGCUUCUUGGAUACAGACGCACCCAGGGCAGCUGCCAGUUAGAAAUGCAAAUUGCUAAAUUCCAAACAGAACCAGUGUGACUUUGCUGCUACACAUCUGCUAAAUUGACCACUUCAAUUCUUGCUUGUCCGUCUCAGUCAUAGGGAGUUCUGUAAAAGAUGCCCCUUGUUUUCCAUCUUCCAUUGGCUUUUUCUGUUGGGAAACAUCUAAAGUGUAUUAACAGUGCAUGCCUUUACUUUGUAAACAUGGUGCCAAAUCCCUGUUUGCCAUUGUUUUUAUUGUAGCAAUGUUCAUUGUAGUAAUCCUUAGUCAGUACCUUCUUUUGCUGAAACUAUUGAUUUGGGGACUUUUUUUCCACUUUGUUGUGUGUACAGAUUUUAAUCUGUUAUAGUUGGCAGCAGUAUUAAAAUGGUGAGUAAAGAGUCCAGGUUUGUUCCUGUUUGUAACUAGUCCUUUCUGGAAGUAUUUUCUUCUGUUGCUUUUUGCCCCUGCUGUGUGCUUAGGCCUUUGUCUGAGAAUGGGUUAGGUAGAAGGGUUCCCUGAAGGUGUUAGUCUUUUGGUGUAAUAGUAUUGUUGAAUCUUGGCCUGACUGAGCGUGUUAUGUCAUAUCUGUGUUAGUGAUAUGCAGUCAAAACUCAUUUUCCAGAUUUACAUUUUGGUUGUGUGGAGAGCUCUAUUUACCUCAGCCUGCAGGUCCUUUUGUACAAUGUACAGCAAAUGUCAUUAAAUACUGAAUGGUCCAUUAGGGGAAGGCAAAUGAAGAGAAUGCAUUUUGAGCAUUCCAAAUCAGUAGUUUGAGUAGUGCCUUUUGGGGUCCGAUCUUUUUCGAUUGGAUUCUAUUUCAUCUUUUGAUGUGACCUUUCACUAGUUUUAAAAAAAAAAUGGUUGGUGGUCAUCAAAGCUGGUUCAGAAAGCAAGCCACAGCACUUCAGUGCCUUUAUUGGUAGUUUUUUUUUUUUUUUCUUUCGUGGGAAAAAUACAACUAUACAGAUGGUAUGACUGUAUUAUCUAACAGUUUUUUUUUUUUUAGGAUUGGCAAAACUGGAUCUAAAAGAAAGAAAAUUAUCAGCUUCAAUUGGUGAUUGACUUGUGCCCACAAUGUAAAUAGGGAUAGUUCUUGUUCAUUUUGAAUAUAUCUUUUCCUUAUUGUAUUGUGUGAUAUAGGAUCAUCUGGAAAUGAGAACUGGUAGAAUGUUGGUUUAACUGUAGUCUUUCUAUAGUCUGGGCUAAUGGGAAUGCGUUGAUAACACAAAAUAAGGGAUAAUCCAAAAAAAUUAAUACUUUGAAAUGCAUUUUGUAUUUUCAUUUGAAUACGUCUGUCUGAUAUGUUAAUUUUUUAGCCCUUCUGUCAAUGAAAAACAGUAGUUCUCCACAA